CACGUUUCCUAGAUAAGGAUAGCGCCUUGUUCAGAGAUGCUGAUCAGAGGACAGUCGUAGCAUCAGUACCACUACUGAUUUCGGUGGGAUGGAGGCGAAAAGCUUGGGUGCUGCAUACGACUCGCAUCGACAUGGCUAUUUGCUGUCCCCGCAGCCGACCGGAGUCUAGCGGUGCUUAAAUCCGCUCCUCCUGCCCGCCAGCCAUCUGCCUCGGUCAGCUGGAUGCCUGGGAGUCUCUGCGGUCUUUCAGAUAUAUAAAGUCACCAGACCCAGGAGCAACAGUGGCCCUGUGAAGAGCCUCCUGUACUGUGGUGUUACGAGCACGGCAUCAGAUAACCAGCCACUGCAAGAUUUAAUGGGAAGGAAGGACAUGUCACAAAGACGGACCGGAAAAGUGGCAGAAGUUCGAAGGCGGCCAGGCGUUAAAUGACAAGGAGGGAACAGGAACGCCUAUCUUCAUUAAACAAAGUUCCAUUAAUUGCCCAUAGAGUGUCCGGUUAAUAAAAAUUAAUGUCAAGUGUCAAAGCGAAGCAGCGUAUUGCUGCCUAGCUGGAAAUAAUUUUGCUAAUGGAAAAAAUUCUGGUUAAUAUUCGAUGCACUAGACACAAGUAAAUGCAACAUAAUGCCUUCAAAGGUCUCUUGCUUAUAUGUUCUGACAGUCCUUUGCUGGGCAAGUGCUCUCUGGUACUUAAGUAUAUCGCGGCCAUCAACCUCCUACGUUGGGCAGUUCUCCAUACCCAUACGAAAGACAGUGAAGCACAAGAAUAUUACCAUCAACAACAUCCGCACCCGCCCCCUGAACCCGCACGCUUUCGAAUUCAUCAUCAACGAGCCGAAGAAGUGCGAGACCGACCCACCGUUCCUCGUCAUCCUCAUCAGCACAACACACAAGGAAUUUGAUGCCCGACAAGCCAUCCGGGAGACCUGGGGGGACGAGGGCAGCCUGAGCGACAUACGAAUCAUCACGCUGUUCCUGCUGGGCAAGAACACGGAUGCCGUCCUCAACCAGAUGGUGGAACAGGAGAGCCAGAUCUUCCACGACAUCGUGGUGGAGGACUUCAUCGACUCCUACCACAACCUUACCCUCAAGACGCUCAUGGGCAUGCGGUGGGUUGCCACCUACUGCCCCAAGGCCAAAUACGUCAUGAAGGCGGACAGUGACAUCUUUGUCAACAUGGACAACCUGAUCUACAAGCUCCUAAAGCCCAACACCAAGCCCAGGAGAAGGUACUUCACAGGUUACGUCAUCAAUGGCGGCCCCAUUCGGGACACACGGAGCAAGUGGUACAUGCCCCGGGACUUGUACCCCGACAGCAAGUAUCCCCCUUUUUGCUCGGGUACGGGAUACGUGUUUUCGGCCGACGUUGCUGACCUUAUCUACAAGACGUCUCUCCACACGCGGCUCCUGCACCUAGAGGACGUCUACGUGGGGCUGUGCCUGCGCAAAUUAGGCAUCCACCCCUUCCAGAACAGCGGCUUCAACCACUGGAAGAUGGCCUACAGUCUUUGUAGGUAUCGCCGGGUGGUCACAGUGCACCAGAUCUCCCCCGAUGAAAUGCACAGGGUCUGGAAUGACAUGUCCAGCAAGAAGCACCUCAGAUGUUAACAGUGUGUAAGGACCAGACCAACUCCCAUCCUGUUUUUCUCUGAAGUGUGUUAUUAAACCCCAGAAUCAGACGACUGAACAAUGCUUCAUCUGAUGACAGCUUCAUGCCUGGACACCUGCUGUUGCCUACGAAAAUCGUGCCUCGGCAGUUAAUGAGUACAUACGGCUUAGUCCCCACAUGUUCUCGCUUAAUCAACUGUGACAGUGAAAUUGUGUUUUACAGCUUGUCUGGAAACAGUUGGGAGUUAAAAACAACUAUCACGAUACAGCACAUUUCCAUGAUUUUCACAAUGAAAUGCUUGAAAUUUGCUAUUACCACAUGCAAAUUUACCAAAUUGGUCUUUUUUUCUUUUUUUUCUUUUUUACAAGCAAGCAGAGCCUAAUCUAUGUAAAACACAUAGGUACAAGGCUACAGCCUACACAUAGUCUACAAUUAUGUUACUUGGUGCUACUGUGUACUGUACCUGAGCUUUGGGAAGAAAAUGACUGAUGUUACUUAGCAUCUAAUUAACUACUAUUUAAGUUUACUGGUAUACCUAGAUCACUUGGAUAAAGGGUAAGGUCAAAGGAAACGAUCGUUCUUUGUGAGGGGCAGAACCACAGGGGCACUGACCCCAGCUGAAAGCUGAUUGGCCCCCCAGUUACUCACUGAUUCAAAAACCUAUUUAUCCAAAACGACUUAGAGUAGAGGGAGAGGUAUUGGCUUAUGCGCAUACCCUAGGAUACCCACGAUCUUUACGUUGUUGCUGUGUUGCUCUGCUUGUUCAGCCACUGGUGCCUGUAUCAUUGUCUAAUGCAGUGUUUCCCAACCAAGUCCUCAGGGAACCCCGGACUGUCCACGAUUUUGCUCCUUCCCAGCUCCCAGCCAAUCAGGAGCACCGAAUACCUGGUACAGGUGUGCUGGGAGCUGGGAGGAAGCAGAAACGUGGACUGUCCGGGGUUCCUGGGUUAGGAAACACCUGUCUAAUUAUGUUUGGUCCCUCUGUAUGAAUUAUGCCAACUUGUAUGCCUUCUACAUUAUAAAAUCAUAGAAUUGCC